AUGGAAAACUCGACUGACAUUUUGCGUACUCCUUUCGGUGAGGAUUUACCGCGCGCCUUCAGUUACAGCACAGCGAGCAGUGAAGAUACUCAUUAUUGUGGACCUUAUGUGCAAACGAUUCUACAUUUCGCCAGUUACCGAAAUUAUCAGUUGAAACUCAUCAACAAUGAUAUUUUCAACAUAUCACGUACAUUGUUGAAAAUUGAAGCUGGAGAGUAUAAUCUGUCUUUGCAUGGAGUAUCUUAUACUAGACCAAACACUAUUGUGCAGUAUAGCUAUCCGGUUGAAAUAUCCAAAAAAUGUAUAAUGGUACCUUUGGAAGAUGAACUUCCCAAAUUUUGGCAUAUUGUGUGGCCUUUUGAUCGUUAUAUUUGGCUUGUUUGUUUCUUCAGUAUUUUUUAUAUAGCUGUGCUAAUGUGUUUCAUAGAACAUCCGGUAAGAACAGUCACUAAUGAUGUUGCACGUAACUUGUCGUAUAGCUUAGCAAUACUAUUGUACUGCUCUAAUAUGAAUAUACGCAUUAAAAAUAUCACUGCAAGAGUCUUCACAUUCUAUACGCUACUCUUUUCACUUGGUUUUAUACUAAAUGCUUACUAUUUUCCAUAUAUCACGGCUUAUAAUAUGAAGCCCAUUUUUACAACUCCAAUUAAUACCGUAGAGGAAUUACUUCAAAGUAAUACAGAAAUUUUACUUCCACCAGAAUAUCAUAAUGAUGUUGAUGAUUAUAAGUACCAAAAAAAUUUAAAACCAUUAGGUGAACUUUUUACAAGGCGUGUUUUUAAGGUUAGAUUGGAAUAUUUAAAUCGUUCCGUGGCUUAUGUGCUUCUACAGGAUAAAUGGAAAUUUGUGGAUAUGCAACAAGUGACUUUAAAGAAGCCAUAUUUUCAUCUGACUCCAUUGUGUUUUGGAGUGUGCUUCAAAUCGUAUCCAGUAAGCUUAAAUUCAAGUUUUCUUCACUCAUUGAACCGAUUUGUGUUGAAAGUAAAGGAAGCAGGACUUUGGCAGAAAUGGGAAUGGGAUGCCUUUCUUAUUGCUCGACGUGCAAAAUAUGCAAGCAUCGUCUUGGACAGCUAUCCUUUACAACCUUUAAAGAUAGCCCGUUUAUAUCCUACUCCACAUUUAUUGAAAAAUAACCAAAAGGCGGUCUACGAUUACCAUCGUUUAGAAUGUAAAUAA